GAUGGCGUCCCCAGGAGCUGGGAGCGGGUGACCAGCGGCGGGGAAGCGGCCUGGGUUGGCCCUCCGAUUGCCGGGUCCUGGGGGCAUCUCUCCAGGUACCCCCUGGCCCGCCUACAAGGCCUUCUCCAGGCCAGAGCAAUGGCCUCCGAGAACAGCAAGCAGUUUUGGAAGAGGAGUGCCAAGCUGCCGGGGAGCAUCCAACCUGUGUAUGGAGCACAGCACCCUCCUCUGGAUCCUCGGCUCACCAAAAACUUCAUUAAAGAACGGUCAAAGGUCAACGCAGUUCCUCUGAAGAGUAAGAAGGCCUCCAGUUUUCAUGAGUUUGCCCGGAAUACCAGUGAUGCUUGGGACAUUGGUGAUGAUGAGGAAGAGGACUUUUCCUCACCUUCUUUCCAAACUCUGAACUCAAAAGUUGCUUUGGCCACCGCAGCCCAAGUCCUAGAAAACCACAGCAAGCUGAGAGUGAAACCAGAACGGUCCCAGUCCACAACAUCUGACAUUCCAGCCAGCUACAAGGUCAUAAAGUCCAGCAGUGAUGCCCAGCUGUCCAGAAAUUCCAGUGAUACCUGUCUGAGGAACCCGCUUCACAAACAGCAGUCGCUCCCUCUCCGACCCAUCAUCCCCCUUGUUGCCCGGAUCUCUGACCAGAAUGCUUCUGGGGCACCCCCAAUGACUGUCCGGGAGAAAACUCGCCUAGAAAAAUUCCGUCAGCUUCUCUCCAGCCACAACACUGACUUAGAUGAACUGAGGAAGUGUAGCUGGCCAGGGGUUCCCAGGGAGGUUCGACCUGUAACCUGGAGACUCCUGUCGGGCUAUCUCCCCGCAAACACUGAGAGGAGGAAGCUGACCCUGCAACGGAAGCGAGAGGAGUAUUUUGGCUUCAUUGAGCAGUAUUAUGACUCUCGGAAUGAGGAACAUCACCAGGAUACCUACAGACAGAUUCACAUUGACAUUCCAAGGACGAAUCCUCUCAUUCCAUUGUUCCAGCAGCCACUUGUACAGGAGAUCUUUGAAAGAAUUCUAUUUAUUUGGGCCAUCCGACACCCUGCCAGUGGGUAUGUCCAGGGAAUUAAUGACCUGGUCACUCCGUUCUUUGUCGUCUUCCUCUCAGAAUAUGUGGAAGAGGAUGUGGAGAACUUUGACGUGACCAACUUGUCUCAAGACAUGCUGCGAAGCAUUGAAGCCGACAGCUUUUGGUGCAUGAGCAAGCUGCUGGACGGGAUCCAGGAUAACUAUACCUUUGCACAACCAGGAAUCCAGAAGAAGGUCAAGGCACUGGAAGAGCUUGUCAGCCGGAUUGAUGAGCAGGUACAUAAUCACUUCAGGAGGUACGAGGUCGAAUACCUACAGUUUGCUUUCCGUUGGAUGAACAACCUGCUUAUGCGGGAGCUCCCCCUUCGCUGCACCAUCCGCCUGUGGGACACAUACCAGUCUGAACCAGAAGGGUUCUCCCACUUUCAUCUCUACGUGUGUGCAGCUUUCUUGAUCAAGUGGAGGAAAGAGAUAUUGGAUGAGGAAGACUUUCAGGGUCUCCUCAUGCUGCUACAAAACCUACCUACGAUACACUGGGGCAACGAAGAAAUCGGGCUGCUUCUCGCUGAGGCCUACAGACUCAAGUACAUGUUUGCCGAUGCCCCAAAUCACUACCGCCGAUAGGUGCUGUGUCCCCAUGGGGACCCCGACUGCCCCAUCUCUGAUGGCAAUCUGAUCACUGUGGCCACUGUGCGAGCCGUGGACCCCGGCCAGGAACCACUCCUGCUGUAAAAAGCUCACAUCUGCCGCCCAGGUCUUAACUUUUUGGCGUGCCUGUCCACCACUCCAUGUCUCCGGAUGGGUCUCUUGGACCACUAUCAGUAUUCCAUGCCAUGUGGAUGGGCCGAGCUCGGGGAGAGGACAAAAAGGAGGUACAGGGUUGUCUGCCCCUUUCAAAGAAACCGGACAAAAGAGGGGAAGACUCAGGGUCUCAACUCGCUUUGUCCCUACAAGGACUGGCUGUCUCUUGCCUCCCGACCCCAAUGGAUACCUUUGCUUUUUGUGAUAUAGUUUAAUUUGAUCACAGGUCAAGAAACGCCUUAUGUUUUGAAAACACUCCCAGUACCCACCCCCCACCCCGUCCUCCCUAGUUCCCUAGCCUUUCCCCUUCUGCCCUAGUCUGAGCCAGCGAGGGUCAGCUUUUUAAGAUGGAGGAGGCACUGAUGCUUAUAACUUUGGGAAGCGGCCUACACCCAAGGGCUAGGAGUUUUAUUUUUCCUUUCUCACCAGAUGUCUGUGUGCCUGCAUUUAUGUGCGGGUGUGGGUGUACGCACCCACUAGCAUUUAGCUACGUGUCUGAAUUUCUCUGUCUGACUGGCCCCAUCGCCACCAGCUGGCAAGGGCUCAGUGACCAAGUGUACAAAUGUCCCUCAAGAAAGAUCAGGGCAGGGGCGGGACAAGGGGCUUUUUACCUCUCCAAACCCUUUCUCCAUGAUGACCCACUCCAAGAUAUGAUGUGUAAAUUGUGUUAUUAUGUAUAUGGGUAAAGUUGUACAAAUAUAUGUCCUCUUUGUAGCAGAUAUGAUUUUAUAUUUAUAAUGUGCAUUGACAUGUGAAAGCAAUCUAGGUCACUAGCACAGAUGAAGUUGCCGGGCAGGUGACUUCAGCACCUCCGGGUUGGUUUCUGGGUGCCUUCCUGCGAGGGAGGUGAGUCUGCCAGAGCGCGCGCAGCUGAGCAGAUAAGGGGCUGCUUGGAGCACCCUAAGCAUCAGUGUCUCAGUUUUCCUCUCCUGCCCUUCUUCCCUCUCACCCCAGUCUCGUGGAGCAUCUUCCCUGCUCCCUCCCCCCUCCUCAGCAGACAGAGCUCCUUACCCUUCACCCCUGCCACCUCCCAAAGAGAGCGACAGAGGCAGAAGCCCUUCUACAUGUUUUUCACCCCUGUGUUUCCCCAUUCUGGGGAGGGCUUUUGUUUUCACAUUUUUAAGUCAGCGUUGUAUUCCAGACAAGCUGUGACUGAUUCCUCAGUGCCAAGGAAGGGGGUUUGCUGUAUUCCCUGGGGUUUAGCCUCUUCUCAGAGAGGCUUUCCCACAUCCCCCACUGUCACCAUUCACCUCACACAGCUCGUGAGAUGUGUGACCCUGGUCCGUUCUUGGCGUUUAGUAAUGGAGAGGUAGGGGACAGCUGUCAUCUUCUUGGGAAGCUAGGUGGUGUCCCCAGUGGGUCUCUGCCAGUGAAGCCCCCCACACGGCAUGUUACAUUUCUCAUCAGGAGCUGUUUCUCAGGCAUUCUUCUGCCCCUUUUCCUUUUCCCCUCAGUGUGCCUCAAUAGUCUCCUUCACAGAGCAGGAGGGCAUCUGACCCUCCCUCAACCGGACUAACUAAAGAAAGACACUUGUGAUCCCAAGUGGUGGUUUUAUUUUUUUAGUUUUUAUGUUUGUAUGGGAAAUUGUGGAAAAAGUGAAUGCAUUGUAAAUAAAUAGUGUAUUUCCUCCUCCACUGCUGAUUUUUUCUUUCAUGGAUUUGUGUAACCUGGAAACUAAGGCACCUCCUUUUCUUGGGUCAUUUUGCUGACACUACUAAGUACGGGGGUCCAGCCUUCAUAGAGCCAGCAGGGGAUCGAUAGAAGAUAGAUAGGCCAUCUCAGAGGAUAUCAGCAACCCCCUGCUGAGCACCUACUCAUGAAGGAGGCUGCAAACUACAGAAAUGAGGAACACAGUUCCCGAUAGCUGACUUUUACAGACACCCUUGCCAUGUGCCAAGCACUGUC